AUGCAGCAAGGUGAUGGUGUCGCCGACGGCCGAGCCGACAGACAGGGUCCGGGGCCCUCGACCCUGGAGCACGCCCGGCGGAUCAUUUUGAUUCAGUACGAGGCACGUAUCCCAUCGAAGUCGAGCUCUUUCGUGUGGCCGCCGAGCGCAGUCCUGCUCCAAAUCCAAGCCCAGCUUGAUCACGAUCUGUUCCAGUACAGCAAAUACGAGGCAACCACGCGAUACCGCACAACGUUUCUACGCGAACUCUGUGCAAGACUCGAUGCUGCUGUGCAGGAUGAGUGUGCGGCCCUCCGCUUACAGGGUGUAGACGAGAUCGAGUAUCCGGAAGUUGAUGCGGCACUACUGGAACGCUAUGUCGAGACGAUGUCCAGUGGCUCUUCAGGUGCGGGCACGAUCGGAGCAACGCUCGGAUCGGCUCCUGAGACCGAAUACACUACACACUGCUGGCCACGAGUUGCCAAUUCGCCUAUAGAAGUUGCGGUCGAGACCGAUGUCGAUCUGCUGUGUGACUACGCCAAGGUGACGAUCAGAGAGGAGGGAAGCGCGAUAUCGAAGGGCACGACAGGCUUGCGGACAUGGGAAGCUGGCUUGCGACUAGCAUGUCAUCUGAUAAGCGAGCCGUCUGUCAUUACUGCGCCGGGAACACGCAUCCUCGAGCUGGGAUCUGGGGCGGGCUUCGUCGGGACGGUCUGCGCAACUCAGCAGCUCAUGUCCCAGCAAGCUGACUUGCAUACGUUUUUGACCGAUGUGCCUGGUCAAGUGGUCACACGCAUCCGAGAAACCCUCCACGUGAACGGGCUAGACGGGGCCACAUCUGUUGUCGAAGUCAAGGAGCUCGACUGGCUGGAGCUAAGCGCAGAGCGUCAGCAAAGUCGGCAGAGAGACGAUCUUCCGACGCUCAACUUUCUUGCCGAUGCCAAGCCGACAUUGAUUCUGGCAGCCGAUGUAGUGUAUGACCCCGAUCUGAUCGAUCCGCUCGUGGAAACGAUCAAGACGUGUCUCGAAGCAGGCACACGGCCGUGUCGCGCCCUCGUGGCGAGCACCGUUCGCAACCCGGAGACCUAUGGCGCAUUCGAAAAGUCGCUAGACUCGUUCGGCCUCAAAGCUAAAGUCAUCGAGCCACAGUAUCCGACUUUGCCGUUACCUGCGCCCGAAGAAAGAUCGGUGGAGCUGCCAAGUUUGCCCAUCUUUCCAUCAUCACACGUUCCAGCCCUUGAUGGGCGCGUGGAGCUACGUUGCAUCACUCUUCACUGA